UCUUCUUCUACUGCUAGUCGAACUCCCAUACCCCUCUCUCUCUCUCUCUGCAACCUAUAUAAAUACACAACCCCUUCUUUUUCUUUUCUUUCAAACCUUUUUUUUUAAAUUACAUAUUUCAACUUCUUCUUCUUCUUCUUCUUCAAUUUCCAGUUGCAGUUGCCCAUGCUCCGCUUUCAGUGAUGGGUAGAAGGAAGCAAAGCCAUCCCCAUCGUUCGGGCGGGGUAAUAGUAGGACCCCAUGAUACUGCUGAAGCAGGGAUAGAGAAUCAGCAAGCUCUCAAUACCGAGCAAGUCCAGAAUAAUGAUUUUGAUAAAAUUGAUAAGCCAUAUUUUGUGGAAGUUGAUCGGGCUUCUUGGAAUUCACAUGAUCACCUUGAUAUUUCGGAAGUUGUUCUAACAGAUUUGAAUUUGAAGGAAGGGUUUUCUGGUUAUGAAUGGAGUCAGGAUUUUAUCCUGGAUUCCAAGUAUGCCUUAAGGUUUAGGGUGUGCAAUGUAAAUGAGUUUGUCAGUCGUAUUAAGCUAGGUCAUUGGCCUGUAUUAUCCUCUAGUGAUAUAUCUUUAGAAUUCGUAGAAAAAUGCACAAGAGAGGAUAUAGAGACACACUCAGUGAUUUUAUCAGGGAGUUUUGAUGGACCAGAUGAGGGAAUUUCAGGUCUUGUUCACUUGGCAAGUUUGAAGUUUAUGACGCUUAGGCCAGUUCUUGGGGUUACAUCUUUGGAGAACAAGUCAUCCUUAAGGGUGAGGGUAGAGAUUCUUAGAAAUGCCUUUGAAGCCUGUGAGUCCCUUCUGGAGAAUUCGAGGCAAGUAUGGAAAAGGAGUAUGGUGAAUGUUAUGGCUUGGUUGCGUCCAGAAGUAAUGACUUCAGAGGCUAGGUAUGGAGUUAGUAUAUCAACAGAAAUGGAAAUUGAUUUGCAUAUGGAGAUGGGAGAUGGUAAUCUUAAUGCCAAGAAACAAGCAAGGUUUGAUGCUGCUAGGUUUUAUGAAGCCAUCAAGCCGUCAAAAGUGGAUCCCAUGCUUGAAGAUGUCAUACCUGACUUGCUUCCUGAAUUGAGGCCAUAUCAACGUCGUGCAGCCCACUGGAUGGUACAACGUGAGAAAGGAGAUUUAAGGAGCUUGGUUGAAAGUGAGAAAAGUCCAUUUUUUUCUCCUUUAUGUUUGCCAGUGGAUUUUCUCGACACGCGUACAAAAAUGUUUUACAAUCCAUUCAGUGGAAAUAUUUCUUUGCACCCAGAGCAAUCUUCACCAUAUGUCUUUGGUGGAAUUCUUGCUGAUGAGAUGGGUUUGGGAAAAACAGUUGAAUUGCUUGCUUGCAUCUUUGCUCAUCGGAAGUCAGCAUCUGAAUGUGGCAUAUUUGCUAAUACUGAAGUGCAGUUUCCUGGGCAUCAGAAAAUUAAUCUUAAGAGAUUGAAAAGGGAGCGUGUUGAGUGUAUAUGUGGAGCUGUUAGUGAGAGUCGAAAGUAUAAAGGAUUGUGGGUGCAGUGCGACAUAUGUGAUUCUUGGCAACACGCAGAUUGUGUUGGAUAUUCACCUAAAAGAAAACGUCUAAAAUCAAGUGAAAUUUCCAACGGACAACGAUAUGAAAAUGGGUCAAUGGGUGAGUUCGAAAAGCACACAAGGAAACAAAAUAAUGCCGACAUAGUUGUGAGAGACGGGGAACAUAUUUGCCCAUUGUGCUUGGAACUGAUACAAGCAACUGAAUCUCCUGUUGCUACUGGUGCCACUCUUAUAGUCUGCCCAGCUCCAAUAUUGCCCCAAUGGCAUGCUGAAAUUAUACGUCAUACACAUCCAGGUUCCUUAAAAACUUGUAUCUAUGAAGGCGUGAAAAUCACUCCUCUUUCAAAUACAUCUGUAGCAGAUAUCAGUGAGCUUGUUGGUGCAGACAUUGUGUUAACCACAUAUGAUGUGCUUAAGGAAGAUCUAUCACAUGACUCUGAUAGGCAUGAAGGUGAUCGGCGCUUAAUGAGAUUCCAGAAGAGGUAUCCCGUUGUUCCAACUCCUCUGACCAGAAUAUUCUGGUGGAGGAUUUGUUUGGAUGAGGCUCAAAUGGUGGAGUGCAAUGCUGCUGCUGCCACGGAAAUGGCUCUUCGGUUACAUGCUAAGCAUCGUUGGUGCAUCACAGGGACUCCUAUACAACGCAAACUGGACGACUUAUUUGGACUUCUACGAUUUCUUAAAGCAAGUCCUUUUGAUGUUUCUAGGUGGUGGAUUGAAGUUAUACGAGAUCCUUAUGAGAGGAGAGAUACAGGAGCUAUGGAAUUUACUCAUAAGUUCCUUAAACAAAUCAUGUGGCGCUCAUCAAAAAGACAUGUUGCAGAUGAAUUGCAGCUUCCACCUCAGGAAGAGUGCGUUUCUUGGCUCGCUUUGUCACCAAUUGAAGAACACUUUUACCAAAGACAACAUGAAACUUGUGUGAGUUAUGCCCGUGAAGUUAUUGAGCAUUUAAAAGAUGAUCUUCUCAAGAGGGAAUUCCAAGGUUGUGUGUCUUCUGAUGCUUCUUCCGAUCCUUUCAUCACUCAUGCGGAGGCUGGAAAGCUGCUGAACACACUCUUGAAGCUUCGCCAGGCCUGCUGCCAUCCUCAAGUUGGAAGCUCUGGGCUGCGUUCCUUGCAACAAUCCCCAAUGACUAUGGAGGAAAUAUUGAUGGUUCUGAUUGGUAAGACGAAGAUAGAAGGGGAGGAAGCUCUCAGGAGAAUAGUUGUUGCUCUAAAUGGGCUCGCUGGGAUAGCAAUAAUUGAGAACAAAUUUUGUCAAGCAGUGUCAUUAUACAAGGAAGCACUGUCUUUAGUUGACGAGCACUCUGAAGAUUUCCGCCUGGACCCUUUAUUGAAUAUUCACAUUCAUCAUAAUCUUGAUGAGAUACUCCCUUUGGUCUCAAACUUCUCAGAGGGACAACAGUUCUCUGGAAGCUGUGAAAAGAAGUCCUCCAAAAUACAUGGCAUUGAAGAGUGCGAUCAACAUGUUAUUAUUAAGAGACAAAAAGUGAGUGGGGAAGACAACUUGGACUUCCCAAUUGAGGCUGGGAAUCGAACAGAUUUUACAUCUGGCAUAGCAGAAAAUGGGUUAAAUGGUGACCAAGUAUGUGAUAAUGAUCCCCAUGUAUCAUCUGGUUGCAUCAGCGAAAUAUCUCUAAGAUCAACAUGCGAGAAUAUAAAGCAGAAGUACUUAUCUGUGUUUAGUUCAAAGCUAUCCAUAGCUCAACAAGAGUUCAGAAAAUCUUACAUGCAGGUUUCUAACGCACUUAGAGACAGAAAAGAUCAACAUACAGUUUGGUGGUUGGAAGUCCUUCAUCAGGCCGAGCAAAACAAGGACUUCUCAAGCGAGUUACUCAGAAAGAUUGAAGAAGCCAUCUCGGGAAAACUAAAUAAUUCAAGGUCAUCAAGAAUUGCAUCCCGAUUUCAAAGCAUAAGUUCUCUAAAGUAUCAUAUCCAGACUGGUUUGGAUCUACUGGAAGCAUCUAGGAAAUUGUUACUUGAUCGACUUCUGGAAAUUGAUCAUACUAUGGAGAAACCAAAAGAGGAGGAUAUUGAACGAGUGAGAUACUGCCGAAAUUGCAUUGUCAAUGGGGAUGGUCCUUUAUGUGUUUCAUGUGAACUAGAUGGAUUAUUCCAGGAUUAUGAAGCAAGGCUCUUUCGUCUUAACAAAGAACAUGGAGGGAUGAUUACAUCUGCUGAAGAGGCCAUAGAUUUGCAGAAGAGGAACUCUGCACUCAAUCGUUUCUAUUGGAAUUUUUCACAGCCAGACAAAGACAAGACUUCACAUGUCGCCAAUUAUGGAAAAUUAAUGAAAAGAGAUGUUGGAGAAAGAGUUGUGGUUUCCAAAUCUUCAUCUGAGUUCGAGAUUGUUCUUGGAGUUAUAAAGAGCUAUUGCAAGGCUCAAUUAGGGAGAGAGGGUAUGCCAGCAGCCAUGAAGCAACUGCACAUUCUUGAGGGCAUGCGGAAGGAGUAUGCUCAUGCAAGGUCCUUGGCAAUAGCACAAGCUCAAUUUCUAUGUGCGCAUGAUGAAGUUAAGAUGGCGACAACACGAUUACACCUAAGAGAGAACGAGGAUGAUAGAGCUAUUGAUGCUUUAAGUCAAGAUGAGUUACCUUCAGCUAGUGUACAGUUUUCUGAUGACAAGUUCAUCUCCUUGACCUUGUUGUCACGUACAAAAGGGAAACUUCGUUAUUUGAAGGGUUUGGUACUAUCGAAACAAAAGUCGACAGUGGAAGGCCUAAAUGAUUCCUCAUUAACUCAGGAGAUAGGUAGCAUGUCAACUUCUACAGAACAGAAAAGUGGAUGUGCACCUAAGGCUGAUGAGGAAACAUGCCCAGUAUGUCAAGAAAAGUUGAGCAAUCAAAAGAUGGUUUUUCAAUGUGGACAUGUUACAUGCUGUAAAUGUUUAUUUUCAAUGACUGAGCGGAGAGCACUUCAUAAUAAGUUUAAAGAUAAAUGGGUAAUGUGCCCAACAUGUCGGCAGCAUACAGAUUUUGGAAAUAUUGCUUAUGUUGAUGAUAGACAGAACGAAUCCUGUAAUUCGUCUGUGCUGAACACAAUUCAAGGACUUGAGAAGUGUGAAGCAUCUAUGAUUGUUCAAGGUUCAUAUGGAACAAAGAUUGAGGCAGUCACAAGAAGAAUUCUGUGGAUUAAGCAUACAGAUCCAAUAGCAAAAAUUCUUGUUUUCUCGAGUUGGAAUGAUGUCCUUGAUGUAUUGGAACAUGCCUUCACUGCUAAUGACAUCAGCUUCAUCAGAAUGAAAGGUGGCAGAAAAGCACAUGUUGCCAUCAGCAAAUUUAGAGGACAGAACAGUUCAAUGGAAAAUAUAAAAGUGAAUGCCCAGCAACCACCAUCAAAAAAUUUUCAGGUGUUAUUGAUCCUAAUCCAGCAUGGAGCCAAUGGCCUCAAUCUUUUAGAAGCACAGCAUGUUGUCUUAAUAGAACCGCUACUGAAUCCAGCUGCAGAAGCACAAGCUAUCAGCCGGGUACAUCGAAUUGGGCAGGAAAAUAAGACACUCGUUCACCGAUUUAUAGUUAAAAACACUGUUGAAGAGAGCCUAUACAAAUUGAAUAGAAGCAGGAAUACUAAUUCGUUCAUCAGUGGGAACACUAAAAAUCAAGAUCAGCCUGUUUUGACUCUUAAAGAUGUUGAAUCCCUAUUUGCAACUGUAGCAUCAACGGUACCAGAAAAUGAGGACAAAGCAACUGAAAGUCUUAGACAUUUGCCACCUUCCGUUGCUGCUGGUGUUGCAGCUGAGAGGAGGCUCAAGGAGCUUACAGCAUUUGCUUCAUGAAGAUGUAAUCAAUCAAUCUGCAGCAUUGGAUAGGUUUCUUGAUACAAGUGCAAGAAAGCAAUUUUCUGGCUAAAUUUAAUCCAGCCAGAUAUUGCUUUUAUAGUCAUAGGGGCAAAAUCUUGCAUUGUGUUAUCAAUUUUUUGUUUAGUCUAACAAAAAUUAAUUAUUAAUUGCAGUGUGUUAAAGAUGCUUUCUUUCUUUUUAUUCCUCGUUGGAGAUAUCUUUGGCUGCAAUGACACAACUACAUAGGUUUAGGCUAAUUUAAAGUAGAAAAUUCAUUGUAAUAAACUGAUUCAUAUUUAUUUAGUAAAUAACAAAUUCGUUACUAAUUCAAUUUUUAUGAGCUAAUGAAGUUUUAUUUGAUUUGUUUA